AUGUUGGUUAAAUCAUCGCAAAUACCGCUUGUCACGGCACUAAAAAAUAGUGGCGUACAUGCAAAAUGUCAAUACUUCCUACAAAAAUGUGGAUUGGCAACAUCAGUGAAGUUGCCAGAAUCUAUAAGGUCAUCAGUAACCCCAUAUCCACCCUUAUCGGAACCUAUACCAGGCCUACCCACACCCAUUUAUUCAUCAGCCAAAGAAAAAGAUCAAGAAACAGAAAUUACAGUGCUACCAAAUGGGUUGAGAGUGGCUUCAGAGAACAGAUUUGGACAGUUUUGCACAAUAGGAGUUCUCAUUGACUCUGGCUCCCGAUAUGAAGUGGCUUAUCCAAGUGGAAUAUCACAUUUUCUGGAAAAGCUAGCUUUUGGUUCUACAAAAAAAUAUGAAGACAGAGACGAUAUUAUGCUUGCAUUAGAGAAACAUGGCGGUAUCUGUGAUUGUCAAUCUUCCAGAGAUACAUUUAUUUAUGCUGCAUCUGCAGAAAUCAAAGGUUUAGAUCAAGUUACAGAAAUUUUGGGUGAUAUUGUUCUUAGACCAAGAAUAACAGAAGAUGAGGUAAAUAUUACUAGUCAAAUUAUUCAAUUUGAACUUGAAACACUUUUAACGAGGCCAGAACAAGAAACACUGCUCAUGGAUAUGAUUCAUGCUGCAGCUUACAGAGAUAACACUUUGGGAUUGCCAAAAAUUUGCCCAGAAGGAAAUGUUAACAAAAUAGACAGAAAUAUCUUGUUCACAUAUUUAAAAAAUCAUUAUACACCAAAGCGAAUGGUUGUUGCUGGAGUUGGUGUAGAGCAUGCAAGAUUAGUGGAUGCUGUACAAAAAUACUUUGUAGAUCAGAAAGCAAUUUGGGAUGAAGAUCCCAGUCUAAUUUUACCCGAUAGAACCAAACACUUUGUGGAUGAAUCUAUUGCACAAUACACAGGCGGUUACAUUUUAGAAGAAUGUAAUGUCCCUGUCUAUGCUGGUCCUAGUGGAUUACCUGAAUUGUCUCAUGUUGUCAUUGGUUUGGAAGGUUGUUCGCAUCAAGACCCUGAUUUUGUUCCUAUGUGUGUCCUCAAUAUGAUGAUGGGCGGUGGUGGCAGUUUUAGUGCUGGUGGACCUGGAAAAGGCAUGUACACACGUUUGUACACCAAUGUUCUCAACAGAUACCAUUGGUUGUACAGUGCAACAGCGUACAAUCAUGCUUAUGCCGAUACAGGUCUGUUUUGCAUUCACGCCUCAUCAACCCCAUCACAUGUGAAAGAAAUGGCCGAAGUACUUGUGCACGAAAUGGUUGCAAUGGCUGGUACACUUGCCACAGACGAACUCGCUAGAGCUAAGAAACAGUUGCAAUCUAUGUUGUUGAUGAAUUUGGAGCAAAGACCAGUAGUAUUUGAAGAUAUGGGCCGACAAGUUCUCGCCACUGGUGUCAGAAAACGACCAGAAUAUUUUAUUCAAGCAAUUGAAAAUACAACUAGCGAUGACAUCAUGCGAGUAGCUCAUCGUCUUCUCAAAUCGCCACCGAGUGUCGCGGCCCGCGGCGAGGUUCGCAAUGUGCCGUCGAUCACGGACAUUCAAGCCGGUCUGUUGGACUCGCGAGGACGCGUUCCCGGCUCUCGUGGUCGCUUGUCGCUUUUUCGUUGAGAACUUGAGGGACUACGUUACAUCAAGUAUUUCAUCGCGAACGCUUCGAUGAUCCAUUAAUUUUGACCGUAGCACACAUUUAUUGAAAACGUUAAUGACUCCUUUUAUUUUAUACCAAUUUGCUCGUGUCGUGAUGUUCGGACGUCGGUGAUAGUGUGACAUAUAAAAUUGAAUAGUUGAAGAUCCAUCGGGUGAUUGAAGUGAAUCGACUGCUGUGUUCAAUUAGUUUUUUAGAUAAAGAGAAGAAAAAAAAAAUUGUAAAAAAAAUUAAUCCAGAAGAAAAUUGUUGUGUUUCUUUUUAUCAUAGUUCUAGGCAAGGUGAAAUUGUUGUUGGUGAUUUCGAGCGGAGUUGAUCGAGCAUGUCUGACAAAGCGUUCUGUAAAAUAAAUUUUUCCAUUGUUCCAUUGAAUAAAGUAUUUCUUUGUUGUUUUGACAAAA